GGCUCAUUCAGUACCCAGAGUUCGACUGGGAAACACGUGUAACACCUCUGCCUUGUCAAGUCCGGGCUACCAUUUCGGCUUCCGUUUCCUUUCCAAAAUUCGCAGUAAAUUCGAUUAGGAUGGGAGUGUUGCUCCAGCAACUGCAGCAGUCAUCGUCGCUGCUGCUGCAGCACAAAAUGGGUGCGAUGACGGCGCAGCGGGCUUACAACACGGCAAAGAAGCUGGCGCAGCGGCGGCGGCGUCUCGAGAUCAAGAAGAUGGCAAUGACGCCGUGCUACAUGGCGCUCCGUCGCUCCGAGAAUCGCUGCAACCAGCCGCGCCUCAAGCUGCCCCUGGCCGAGUGCAUCGACGAUCCCUGCGGCGAAAUGGAGCUGCCGACGGACCUCGAUCACUACACACCGAGCGACAAGGCGACGCGCGAGUAUCAGCGGACCUGGUGCGAGUGCUACCCCAUCCCGAAGGCGGCUGUCCAGGCCAAGAAGUGCUACCCCAACCGGCCGAGGCGCAAGUUCGGCUGCAUUCACGCCACCGAGGUGAUCUGCCGCGACGAGGACAUGAAUCCCGUCAACUUUCGCCUGAAGCCCGAGAAGCUGAUCGAGGUGCCGCGCAUCGGGGAGUGGCCCUGCUGCAAGAUCUCCGCCCCCGGGUGUCCGCCUGGCAGGAGGCCACCCUCCUGCGACGUCGGACGGAUCCCCUCCUGCUGCAAGAAGCGCCGGACGCAGUACCCCAGCUUCUCGGAGUGCAUCCAGGUGGGCCUGCUCGACCCCAUCCCGUGGUGCGAGUGCGAGAAGAAGGUCAACCUGUGCGACGUGUGGGCCUACUGGCGUCGCAAGAACAAAUCGUAAUCCUCUAGUGCAGCAUGAACCAAUAGUUGCAGCAUGAACCACUAGAGCAACACUUCCAGGCAUGAAUGCAGUUCGUUCGUUGGACUCGGAUUGAGAUUUAUCCACAAAUCUACAGGCGGAACAAGUAGCUUGCACACACUCACACUUUGUUUUUGGUUUCAAAUAUAUAAUGACGAUCCUACAUCACUACAAGCGCAACACACCUCUCUUUUAACUUAAUGAAGUAUUUAUACACCAUUCAACUAUUUACUAAGUACUUGUGUUCAAAUAAAGCUUGAUAAUUAGUCGGUAA